CGCACCGUCUGCGCGCUGCACCACCGAUCAACUGCGGUGAGGAGAUGGGUUAUCUGGACAGUAGCACUGUCUGAGAAGGGUUAUUUAAGAUAUUUUUUAAGAGAAAAAACGGCCAAAAUGCUCCUUAACAGCUCUUUCAGGAAUCUAACACUGGAGGACGGGUUUUCCCCAAUAAACAACUCGUCUGGGAACGGAACGUACAGCGAGUCUCACGGCAGCGCUAUCCUCAUCUCCUUCAUUUACUCCGUUGUCUGUUUGGUCGGACUAUGCGGGAACUCUAUGGUUAUCUAUGUCAUUUUCAGAUAUGCCAAAAUGAAAACGGCAACAAAUAUUUACAUUCUGAACUUGGCCAUCGCGGACGAGUUACUUAUGCUGAGUGUCCCCUUCUUGGUGACAUCUUCACUCCUUCAUCACUGGCCUUUCGGCUCCCUUCUCUGCCGACUUGUUCUAAGUGUUGACGCUAUUAAUAUGUUUACGAGUAUUUACUGCUUAACUGUACUUAGCAUAGACCGAUAUAUUGCGGUUGUGCACCCCAUCAAAGCCUCCCGGUACAGGAGACCCACAAUAGCUAAAAUAGUCAACUUUGGGGUUUGGAUGUUUUCUAUCCUGGUAAUUUUGCCCAUUAUUAUAUUUUCCACGACCGUUCCAAACUUGGACGGUUCGCUCGCUUGCAACAUUCAGAUGCCAGAGCCAGUGAACCAGUGGAUGGCUGUGUUUGUGAUUUAUGCCUUUCUCAUGGGCUUUCUGUUCCCAGUCAUUGCGAUCUGUAUGUGUUACAUCCUCAUCAUCGCCAAGAUGAGAGUGGUGGCAAUGAAGGCAGGCUGGCAGCAGCGUAAGAAGUCGGAGAGAAAGAUCACUCUGAUGGUGUUGAUGGUGGUGACUGUGUUUGUCAUCUGUUGGAUGCCCUUUCACAUUGUGCAGCUCGUUAAUGUCUUUGUGGAGCACCAUAACGCAACACUCAUGCAACUCGCAGUGAUUUUGGGGUACGCAAACAGCUGCGCCAAUCCUAUACUGUAUGGAUUUUUAUCAGACAAUUUCAAACGUUCGUUCCAAAGAAUUUUGUGCCUGCGGUGGAUGGACAAUGCAACGGAGGAAUCAAUAGAUUACUAUGCCACGGCUCUGAAAAGUCGUGGUUACAGUGUGGAUGAAUUUCAACCGGACAACAUGGAAUGUGACAGCACUUAUAGAAAUGGAAUCUGCACUUCGAGGACAACGACACUGUAGCCUAGCAUAUGGACAUAAAGUGAUGAAACGCUAUGAACAAAAUCAUAAAUGUGACCACUGAGUGUUUCGCUCAUUAGGCCUACUAGUCUGUUACUUCGGUAUUUAUUAGUUUUGU